AUGUUCUCUGGAUUCAAAAAGUCACUGCCCCAAAUCUCCAUCUUUCACCACCCGUCAUCGCCACCAUCAAUUCAGGCCCUUGCACUACUGCGGAAUGCCCUCUCCUCACCCUAUCCCCCUGGAAAGCAAUCAGCGCGCCCACUUGAGUUUGAUCUAGAAGUCGUUGAAACGAAACCCCCGACCGCCGAUCAAUUGAAGACUAUUCUUACGUAUAUCACACCGUCGAGAUCUGCUGCACCCCUUGGGCCGUCUGCCUUUUUAUCUGCGCAUCCGGCAACGCCUGGCCUUGGAGAACAGCCACAGAGCGCGAAAAGUAUCGUGAAUCUUGCGGAACAAAACCCGAAUGUGUUCAAAUGGCCGGUUGUCGUGGACUGGAUUGGUGGCCGUGCUAGAAUUUUGGAGGCCAUCAGGCAACAGCGAGAUGGGGAGGUGAAACAAGAUGAGGUCGAUCAGCCCAAAGGCUGGUUCUCAUAA